CUAUUAUAUUUUAAGUUAAAAUAAAAAUUAUUCUACACUUUUUGUAAUCGUUGUUUUUUACAGAAAACUUUUAUGUCAAAAGUGACAGUUCAGGUUCUUUUCUUGGCUAACGUCAGCCAUUGAAUUUUUGGUUAAGUUUUAAAAAACGUUUUACCGAAUUGUUAAUAGGUAGCUUUGGUAAAAUGUAUACCGACGAUACUCAGGAGGGUUUCGAUAACUAUAACAGUUAUGACGAUUACUCAGCUCAUACAGGAGAUCCAACAUUGGAUGAAUACAACAGGCAGCACUUUAAAAUGCCUGAGCUGGUCAAGAGUUUCCUGGUUUAUUUCAGAAAUUGUGUGAGCGAAGGUUUAGUUUUUGAAUUGCAAACUUUAUAUGAACAAUCCUGGCCUAAACUAACAGAGGACUACUUCGAAAAGAGGCCAUGGCCAGAAGAGGCUGAAGUAGCUGCCCUAGUUGACAGUGACCCUGUUUUUAUGAUUUUAUACAAAGAACUGUACUAUCGUCACAUUUACGCAAAAAUUCAAGGCGGGCCAACUCUAGAACAGAGAUUCAACUCUUUCUACAAUUACUGCGACCUUUUCAACUACAUCCUUAGUGCUGAAGAGCCUGUACCUUUGGAGCUCCCUGACCUGUGGCUUUGGGAACUUAUCGACGAAUUCGUGUACCAGUUCCAAUCGUUCGCCCAAUACCGGGCCAGGUUGCAAAAGAAAACGCCGCAAGAUUUGAAAACAUUGAACUCCAACAACAAAGUAUGGAAUGUACUUUGCGUCCUCAACGUUUUACAUUCCUUGGUGGACAAAAGUAACAUAAGACAGCAGUUGGAAGUUUACGCCAGUGGUGGCGAUCCAGAUUCCGUAUCUGGAGAGUUUGGUAGUCACUCUCUCUACAAGAUGUUAGGGUAUUUCUCCCUUGUUGGCCUUCUAAGGUUGCACUCCCUUUUGGGAGAUUACUACCAGGCCAUUAAAGUUUUGGAAAACAUUGAGGUUCAUAAAAAAUCGCAAUAUGCCCACAUCCCAGCCUGUCAAAUUUCCACUUCUUAUUAUGUUGGAUUCGCGUAUAUGAUGAUGAGGAGGUAUUCGGACGCGAUAAGGACUUUCUCGUCUAUUCUGUUGUACAUUCAACGCACAAAACAACUGUUCGCGUCUAAAACGUACCAACACGACCAAAUUAACAAGCAAACCGACCAGAUGUAUCAUUUGCUUGCCAUUUGUUUGGUUUUGCACCCUCAAUGCGUGGACGAGUCAAUUCAACAGACUCUGCGCGAGAAGAGUUACCACGAAAAAAUGUACAAGAUGCAAAUGGGCGAUUUACAGGAGUUCGAAAACAGCUUUGUUUAUGCUUGUCCCAAAUUUUUGUCCCCAUGCUCUCCUGAAAUUGACUGCCUCCCUGAUGAUUAUUCUAAAGAGGCCAUCCAACAUCAAACCGCAGUGUUCAUGGACGAAGUGGCGCAACAAAAGAUGCUGCCAACUAUUAGAAGUUACUUAAAAUUGUACACCACUUUGCCUUUGAGCAAACUUGCCAACUUUAUGGCACAAAAUAACAGGAACAAUGAUGGUAAAUGGGAUUUGGACAAGGAAACACAAAACUUGAUGAUCCAUUUGCUUUGUUUCAAGCACAAGAUGAAAAAUGUUGUCUGGUCUAAAGGCUCUUCUGGGCUGGAAGGAAAGUUUCAAAGUGGAUCAGAGUUGGACUUCUACAUUGAUAAUGACAUGAUCCACAUUGCUGAUACCAAAGUGGCCCACAGGUAUGGAGACUUCUUCAUUAGGAAGAUUCUUAAAUUUGAGGAUUUGAACAGAAAGUUAAGAAUGCUUAAAAUCUAAAUUCAAUGUAUUUAAUUUAAAUCGGUUUUAUAUUUUCAAACAAUAAACAAGUUCUCCU